UUUAUUUAUUCAUGGGUCUGAUUCCACCGCCAAUCUAAACCAAUAGAGAUUGGAUUGGUGUCGAUAGUCGGUGUACUCUCCCACCAAAAGCCCUGAUCCUCUCGAAUCCUUCCAUCAAAGCCGACUGCUCCACCGCCGUAGAUAUCCUUUUAUCUUUCUCCCACCUAUUUUUCUUUUUGAUUAAAUCCAUUGAAGGUAUGCUCCAGCGAUCGCGAAUCGAUAACGUUAGUCGUCUUCUGCACCACAUGUGUCGUCCAAACGAAGACUAUUCAAGCCCUAAUCGCGAUUGCUCCACCGGAUCGAUGUAUCUUUUUCCCUAUCUUCUAUUCUACGAUUCUCUGUAGAAAUUGAUUUACCAAAGGUGCCAAAAGGACCGAUUUUAUUUCCUUCUACCGCUUCCCUGCUCCUUCUUCCAAUUUCUCCUCUUUUUAUGAGAUUCUAAUGUUUUCAUGGAGGUGCUUUGGCCGGCGGCUUUCCCGCUUCCAUUCGCCACUGGUGGAGUAGGUGUUGGGCGACCUGAUGCAGUCCAGUGGUUAUGGGAUUCCAAAGGAUACCCAGAAGUAUGUCUCCGAUGGCACACAAAUCCAGCCAUAAAUCUCUCACUCCACAGACACAAUUCUACCACCACCAAUAAAAUUCUCAGAGUGGAGGUUUAA